GUUUAACAUUGCUCUUUAGAUCUAUAUGGACUUUCCUUCCCGUGCACAGUCCAAAUGCCCGAUUAAAUCACUUUCUUGAUUCAGGACCAUGCCUUUCCGCGACCUAUAAUCUUGGAGUGGUUGUCCAAAGGGUGAUCAGUGACCCAAAAAAAAAAAAAAGAAAGAAUGGAGAAGGAAAAGGGAGGCUAUGGAGCUCAUGUUCUGGCCCUUCCUUAUCCAAGCCAAGGACACAUAAACCCUAUGCUCCAAUUCUGCAAACGACUUGUCUCGAAAAGGAAUAUCAAAGCCACUCUAGCCAUCACCAACUUCAUCUCCAAUUCUAUGCACCCACAAUCAAGCUCAGUCCAGCUUGACGCAAUUUCCGAUGGGUAUGACGAAGGUGGAUUCAUGCAAACCGGCUCUGUACAAACCUACCUCUCAACAUUAGAAGUUGCAGGCUCAAAAACUUUAGCAGAACUCAUCAAGAAGCACCAAAGCUCCGAGCACCCCAUUACCUGUGUUUUAUAUGACGCCGUUUUGCCAUGGGCUUUGGAUGUGACCAAACAGUUUGGGUUAAUUGGAGCCUCUUUUUUCACUCAACCUUGUGCAGUGAAUUACAUAUACUACUAUGCUCAUCAUGGACUAUUGAAACUGCCGGUUUCCGAGCUGCCGAUAUCGAUUCCCGGGCUACCGUUGCUUGAGCUUCAGGACAUGCCGUCGUUCAUUUAUGUUCACGGGUCGUAUCCGGCUUAUUUUGAGCUGGUUCUGAAUCAGUUCUUGAAUGUUGAUCAAGCAGAUUAUGUUGUUGUCAACACUUUCUACAAGUUAGAGGAUGAGGUGGUGGACACGAUGUCAAAAAUCAGUCCAUUGAUAACAAUAGGACCAGCAAUCCCAUCUUUCUACUUGGACAACCGCGUGGAAAACGACAAGGACUAUGGGCUCAACCUCUUCCACCUAGACCCCUCAGUUUGCACCAAUUGGCUAAACACCAAGCCCAAAGGGUCAGUUGUUUUUACAUCAUUUGGAAGUAUGGCUAAUCUGGCAGAAGAGCAAACGGAGGAACUUGCAUGGGGCUUGAAGGGAACCAACUGUUACUUCUUGUGGACAGUUAGGGCAUCUGAGGAGGCCAAGCUCCCAAAAAAGUUCAUCGAGGAAACUUCGGAGAAGGGCUUGAUAGUGGGAUGGAGUCCACAGCUGGAGGUCCUCUCAAGCGAGGCAGUGGGAUGUUUUUUCUCGCAUUGUGGGUGGAACUCGACAAUUGAAGCGUUGAGCUUGGGAGUACCUAUGGUGGUGAUGCCACAGUGGACGGAUCAAACGACGAAUGCCAAGUUUGUACAAGAUGUUUGGAAGGUGGGGAUAAGAGUUAAGGUUGAUAAGAGGGGCAUGGUGGGAAGAGAAGAAAUUCAGUCUUGCAUAAUGGAAGUUAUGAAGGGAGAGAGAGGGAAAGAAAUGAAGAAGAAUGCGAUAAAAUGGAGGGAUUUGGCUAAGGAAGCAGUUAAUGAAGGUGGGACUUCUGACAGAAACAUAGAUGAUUUUGUACAAAAUUUGAAAAGCUCUUCAAGUUGAUGUAGUGCUCAUUUGAUUAUGACCACAUAGUGGUCAUAAUUUUAUAAACCAUCUAGCAGUGCAGAAUUAAAUAUUAAUAAACAUUAUUGUGUUGCACGUAUUAUCGUUUUAUUAAUCAUUU